AUGUCGCAUCAUGCACAAUUUUCUUGUUGCAUGGCUCAACAAUCAGUUACAGCUCAUUUAAUGCGCGAGUACAUUGUUCAGUGUUAAUCCUAUAAGUUUUUUGUAUCAAUGAAAUGUUUUUGGAACAAAAAAGAAGAUCAAAAGUAAGUGCGCGCGUGUGGUUCGUGUGUGUACAUACAUGUGCCAUCAUCCGCCGCGUGAGCGAUAAGCGGGAGAGAAGAGGACCCGGGCCAACAGAAGCCGGAACCAAAAAAUGGAUGCGACGUCACUGCGACUCAUUUCCGGACUGCUUUUGUUCGCCUAUACCGCCUCACACUUCAGCCACGCCAACAAUGGACCCAAUUACUACGGAAAAUUUAUCGGAAAACUGAAGAACUACGCGCAUGGAAUCAAAGGGGACGUAUACGCGGUGGACGACACGACGAUAUUCAUAAAAGGAUUCUGCUACGAUGGGACCGGACCGGACGCUUAUUUCUGGGUUGGGAACACUUCGACGCCCACGCCACAGGGAUACAUCGUCCCGUAUCCGGAAAUGGAGAAGAUCAGGGACCCGGUGGUGCUCCAAUCGUACAACUACACAGACAUCAUUCUGAAGCUGCCCGAUGGGAAACGGAUACGGGACAUCAAAUGGCUGAGCGUUUGGUGUCGUCGAUUUACAGUGAACUUCGGCGACGUGUUCAUCCCGGCAAAUUUAAAAGUGCCGAAGGCAAGGGUGCUGCCAGAAUUCUCGAGGCUGGCCCACGGUCUCCGUAGCGGGAACAUCACCAUUCUAGAUAGCAAAACUUUUUACAUUCCGAAUCUGCAUUACGAUGGUGCCGGGCCGGACGCCUACUUCUGGGUCGGGAACGGGUCAGAGCCUACCACGUUUGGUAUCAAAGUGCCAAACGAGAGGAAAAGUUUGGCACCGUUGAAGGGCUAUCAAGGAGAGGACAUCGAAAUCGUUUUGCCGGGCAACUUGACGGUGCACGACAUCGACUGGUUGUCGGUAUGGUGCGUGCAAUACAAGCACAACUUCGGGCAUGUACUGAUACCCAAGGACCUCGAUGUUCCGCCUGCUCUUGGACAGACCAAAAUUACGCCGCCUUGGUGGUACGAUCCUACAAGCAGUACACCAUCACCGCCCCUGUCCAAACACGAGCUGACCAAUUGCAAGGAAAUGCUGGAGGGCCGUGUACAAGUGCAAUGGGAGAUGAUAGGGGACGACAUUCAGAUCAGAGUGUCUGGCCGGAUCAGGGAGGACCAGUACGUUGCGUUCGGUUUAUCAGGCCGAGAGGGAAAGUCAGAAAUGAUCGGUGGCGAUGUGGUGGUGGUCGCUUACAACAACAGGACCGAUAAAUUCAUCGCCGAGGACUAUUAUAUGUCGGAUUACGCGCAGUGUGACGGGAGGAAGGGCGUGUGUCCGGACGAAAGGAUUGGAGGGAAGAACGACGCUGUUCUUGUGCAUGGAGAACGAAAGAACGGAGUGACGACAGUUACUUAUAUGAGACCGAUGAGCACGAACGAGCCAGUGAAGGACAGAAUGAUCCCAAAUACAGAAACGAGCGUGAUCGCUGCAAUAGGACCUCUGAAUUUGAGAGGAGAAGCCAAUGCUCAUCAAAGCUUCGACAAGACGACCGAGGACAUCCGUAUUGAUUUUACGUCGAGAAAUGUGCACGAGUGUACAAAUUCCCUCUACAAUCUCCCGGACAUGUCUGACAUCAAACCCUGGCCCGUAGCCGUAAUCACCAACGAAACUAUGUUCAGUGCUAGGAUCGGGCCUGCCGGUGGGAAAAGGGGAUACACGAGAAUUACAGGACAACCUGCUUGGGGUAUCGCGUGGUACAUCAACGAUUUGCUCAUCCCAGAAAUCACGGUGGAAAGAGGACAGACGUACACGUUCAUAGUGGAGGGUGGGAACGAUCCAGCUAAUCCAGCCAGGUACCAUCCAUUUUACAUCACCAACAGUCCAGAGGGUGGAUUUGGUCAAAAAACUGAGGAUGAACAAAAGGCGCAAAAAGUGUUCGCAGGAGUAAAGUACGAGGAUGGAUAUCCUUAUCCAACUGCGGCUGGCCGCUAUUGCGAAUGGGUUCACAAGACGGUAGAUAUGAGUGCGGACAUGGAGACUUUUGAAAAUUUCUUCGAGACCCUUAGACUCGAGUGUGACAAGGGUGAACCUGCGAAACUUGUUUGGACCGUGACCGAAGAUACUCCAGAUUUAGUUUAUUAUCAGUGUUACACGCACAAUAACUUGGGCUGGAAAAUACACGUUGUCAACAGCGCACACACGGCCGUAUUGUCGAUAGUCACGACGACGUUUGUCGUUAGUAUGUUAAAAUUCAUAAGAUGAAUUAACCUUCAAAUAUCGUUUGGCGGGGAAUACGCGGGAACAUGUGCGAGGAUUAAAUUGAAACAAAAGAUGGAAAAGGAUAGGAAAUCGAGAGAAGAGAAUAAAAUUCGCGUAAAAUAAGGUGGUGAUAGAACAGAAAAACAAAAAAAAAAAAAACAAACAAAAAGCGAUUGUUAAAAAUCUGCUGAACACGAUACAAGGUUGUAAGAAAGUAUUUAGCUCGUAAGGUUUAAUCGUACGUAAAAGAUUAGCAAGAAUAUUUUUAAGAUCUAUCAGAUUCAAUAUUUCAUACUAUACUAUAUAUAUAUAUAUAUAUAUAUGUAUAUGUAUAUUUAUAUUUAUAUAUACAGAUACAUAUAAAUAUAUAUAUAUAUAUACAUAUAUAUUAUAUACAUAUACAUAAAUACAUAUUAACACGGCACUUGAGGAGAACGAGAUUCGAGGUGAUUUUUAACGUUUAAGAAUUUAAGAGACUACUUAGGAAAAAGGAGAGGAAGAAUAAUUUCUGACAAUAAUAAUAAUAAUAAUAAUAAUAAAAAAAUUCGGAAUCGGGGUAUAUAAACGUAAAUAAUUUCUGACAAUAACGGUGAACUUGUGUUAUUUAUCAUGGGAUGGGAUGGGAUAUAUAAUUUAUCAAAGAGAAUUUCUCGAUCGAUAUGAUCGAUAUAUAUAUAUAUAUAUAUAUCGGUGAUAAACGAAAGAACGGGGAAAGUAUCCGUGGUACAUGUACAAUGUAAAUUUUGCACAAAGCUAUAGUUGAGUAUAAUGUAACAUUAAAGAUCGAGUAGCACUUAAGAUAUACAUUUAUAAAUGCUGUCGACUUGACAAUAAUACGUAGGGUAGUGAACGAUGAAGGAAUCGCUGAAGAAUAAAAGAAAAAAAAAAUAAUAAAUAAAUAAGAUAAAACGAGAAAAUAUGUACAAGGUAUCGUCAGACAUUAUAUAACUUUAAGGGUGAUACAAUUACAAAACUAUCCCUUAUACGUGUAACAAUGCUAUAAUAUGUACAUAUACUAUAGAGUGGACCUUCCUAAAACGGGAUGAAAGUAUAAAAUGUGCCUUGGGUACAGAUAAUAAACUUCUCUAAUUACACGAAUUAGGAACCACUCGGACAAAUGAUGCCCUGUAAUACUUAGGAACUGGUUUCUUGCGCUUUAAAGUAAGUAAGUUCUUGAAGAAAGUAAAAAUAAUCCCAUUUUAUAAAAGUAAAUCAAAUAAGACAAUUAAUCUAAUUUGAAGAAGAUUUAAAAAAAAGACAAAGAGUAUUCAAAGAGACGUACAAAUCAAGAAUCGAGAGGGAUAAGAAAUCGUGCAACCAAGAAAUCAGAAAAAUACAUAAUCACUUUAGGAACUAGUAGAGAUUAGCAGAAAGAAAAAGAAAAAAAAAAAAGAAUAUAUCUCUUUCACUUUUUAAAUAUGAGUGUAAAAACUAUGCAAUAGUUCAGAUUCUAAGUAACAGGGUGUCCUCAAAAUUGCUAGCAGCGAACAAAAUUCUUUGCAAUUUCGAUUGCUUAUCGCACGAAGACCAGCCUGUAUUUAAUUACAUAUGCAUACCUAACAUAAACAUUAUAUAUAUACAUACAUAUAUAUAUAUAUACAUAUAUUAAACAUACAUACAUUACACGAGGUACUAUGCAUAACAUGAUGAAACAAAAUUCGAAAAUUUACAUCGUUUUAGCUGCCAACGUUGUUCAAUUUGUAUUCGUAAUUUGUAAGCGAUAACCACUUGAUAGUUGGAUAAAGAUCUAGCAUUAUUUAUACCGUUUCCCUCUCCUUUCGACAAGAUCGAUUCCUCUUCUUCAUACAAUUCGUGAAAGGAAGCGACGAAUACAUUGGACAUCGUUGCCCCAGCUUUUACGUGAGAUGCGUACGAAGAAAGGAAAAG